AUGUCGGGGACUGAGGGAUCUGUUGAAGGCAUUAAGCUAACGGAAUCGGUAGUCAUUGUCGCUGACCUCUACCGCGGUGGAACCAGUAACAAGGACGGGCAAAAUAUUACCAUAGAAAUCACGAAAGAAGAAGAAGCUCUGUUCAACCUUUUGAAAGGAUGUGCUGUUUCUAAUGGUUUAAAUAUGGGUAUGUACAAAUGUAAUAGUGAAAUACCCCACGCAGAUUUUAGAGUUGCAGGUGGUUGGGUGAGAGACAAGCUCCUGAAAGUCGAGAGCAAGGAUAUAGACAUUGCAUUAGAACACCUAACUGGUGUUGAGUUUUGUAACUAUCUCAACGCAUUCACCGAAAAGCAUAUGGGAUUUCACAAAACCGUGGGUGUGGUGAAGCGUAGGCCGGAACAAUCGAAGCAUCUAGAAACUGCGACUCUCUCCAUCCUUGGAUUGAAUGUUGAUUUUGUUAAUCUGAGAAGUGAGGAUUAUGCAGAUGACAGUAGGAUACCAAUCAUGAGGAUAGGGUCUCCGUUAGAAGAUGCAAUGCGCAGGGACUUCACAAUCAACUCGCUGUUCUAUAACAUUUCAAAAAAUGCAAUCGAAGAUUACACCGGCAAGGGUAUUGAUGACCUGAAAUCGCAAAUAAUACGGACGUGCUCUCCUGCAUUUGGUACCUUCAUGGAUGAUCCUUUAAGAGUUAUCAGAGCGGCUCGAUUCAGCGCCAGACUGGGGUACGCAUUGGACGAGGAAAUCUGGAAUGCCAGUUCACACCCGUCGAUUUUGAAUCAGUUGGCUAACAAACCAAGAAUCGCUCAAGAACUCGAUGAUAUGCUCACCAGAGGGGAUGUUGCGAAAGCCUUCGAAACCAUGAACCAUUGGGGUGUAUUGCCGCACUUGGUAAGGGAACACCAAUGUGACCUGCCAAGUGAUCAGCAAAUCAGUGUUGGAUGUAAAACCAUGGCGUUGGUGAGAGAUUGCCUCCGAAUCAUUGGCUGGGAUAAUAUAAAUCGCAAGUUCCUAUAUCUUUCUGCUUUUUGCUUUCCCCUCAGCAAUGAGCCGCCAGUUGGGAAGUGUAGCUACAUAGAACACGUUAUUAAGUGUCGUCUCAAACUUCCUAACAAACUAGCAUCUGGGGCUAAAACAAUUGUGGAUGGAAGCGAGGAGUUUGCUGCGCUGGUUAAUGGCCUACCCUCAAACACGGAAGAAGUGCGAGAAAGGAUAGGGAUUGCGAUACGCCACAUAGGACCAUUGUGGAUGGAAGCGUUAUUGCUCUGUAUGGCAAAUGAGGCAUCCGAUGGCGAUCUUCAUGAGCUGAAAGACAAGUAUGAAGAUCUUGUUGCAACAAUUAAUCAGCUUGGUCUUCAAAAUGCAUACUCAUUGAAGGCACCAAUCACUGGGGAAGAGUUAAUCAACCUUAUACCAGGGCUGACUCGGGGGCCCUAUUUCAAAGAAGCACUUGAGCUUCAAAUACGGUUGCUCUUAAGGUCGCCCCAUAUCAGUAAACAAGAACUAUUGCAAAGAGUCACACAGAUUAUCAAGGACGAAAUGUAG